CAGACUCUCACAGCUCUGCGGUACUCACAGCUUUAGACAUGUCUGCGAUUCCUCUGAACAGGAUCCUGCCUCUAGGGUUCCUGCUGAUUUUCUCCUUCAUCUCUCUGUCCAGCUGCAUGGAGUUCGUUGAAGAUCCUAACAAUCAGGGCGGUCUCAACCUGCAGGACAGCUUCGGGAAUCAGUGGGCAAGGGGUCACUUCAUGGGUAAGAAGAGCCUACAGGACACAGACUUUGAAGAGAUGGAAAGUUUUGAUAAACGUAACGUUGAGAACAUGAGAGCUGCCCUCCUGCAGGAGCAGAACAGAGCAGAAUCAGAAAGAGAGCUGCGGCAUGCACAGGUAUGUGUCAGUAACAUCUUUAAAGCAUGCACAGGCUUCUUCCCAUGGCAGCUAGGACCACGGACAGAAACCACUACAUUGGUUCUACGAACAGGGCAGAGACAAUAUAACUCUGCCAAAAAGGAGUAUGGAGGAUAA